AUGAGGGCAUUUAUUUUGUUUUCCACUUUGAUGGUGGCUGCUGUAAUGGCACGUCCCGAACCACCAGUGACAUAUCUGCCAAGCCAGCAACAUGUCCAAAGAAAUCAUCCAGUGAAUAGUCAUCCAGCUAAACCACAUGUUUACCAACAGCUGCCUAGUGACAACGGAUUUAAAAACUUUGCAGCCGCACCAGCUCCAGUAUCCAAGACCAACCAGUUGCCAUUGGCUAUGCACAACGAAGAGGAUUCCUACAAUGCCGCCUAUCGUCAUUCCAUGACCGCUCAACAUCAAUCCGGAUAUUCCAACGGUCCUAUGGAAACUCAAGUUCACAAACAUGUCUAUGUACAUGUUCCACCCAAAGAAUUCGAGGAAGAAGAAUCCGUUCAACCCCGUGUAACACACCAAAUGGGUCCCAAACAAAAGCAUUACAAAAUCGUCUUCAUCAAGGCUCCAUCUGCACCGGUCAUGCGUGCUCCAAUUGUUCCACCAACACCACAACACGAAGAAAAGACCCUCAUUUAUGUGUUGCACAAGAAACCAGAGGCUCAACCUGAUAUUGUUAUACCCACACCUGCUCCCACCAAACCCUCGAAACCAGAAGUAUUCUUCAUCAAAUACAAGACCAAGAAGGAAGAAGCUCCCGUCUAUGGUCCACCACCCGGCACAUACAAUGGUGAACCCCGUCAAGCUGCUGAAGCAUCGAAUGAAUAUGCUUCUAUUGUCCCUAACGAUACCGCUGAUUUCCCUCAAAGUGGCGCAGAAGAAGAAACUCAACCGCAGUACAUGAAUGUGGAACAGAAUCCCGAAUCAUAUGUUGAAGCAUCUAUGACUGCUCGUUCCGAUAACGAUGUUCCUGAACCGGAAUCCGAACAGUAUGUGGCCCCAGAAAUGAGCUCAACUCCCAUUGUUGUGGCCGACUCUGAAGAAGAACCACGUACUCCCGCAGCCACUUAUGGCUCUCCUUCCCGUUACUUUAUCAAGAGAAGAAAAUUCCACUAUCUCUUCGAUAUUUGUUUCAAUCAUGGUGCUCAAUCUAUCGUAUUUCACAACAUGAAUCAAGAAAAAUACGAAACGGAACGCCCAGAGUGCGACCAUAAAACUGUCACGACAACAUCUGUGCUAAUGAAUGACAAAAUAAGGCGCAUACAUUUGAAACACUUACAAAUCGUUCGUUCUAUGAAUGCCAACCAACUGUUGAAUGGACCACUGUUGAAUCCGAUGCAACUACAACACCAACAACAAUAG